CUUGCUCUUACGUUCUUGACGGUCGUUCACGGUGGGCGCUUUUUGGUCCGGGAAAAAACGAAAUCUAAAAUCUAAAUCUGGAUCUGGAUCUGAAGUCGCCGUGCCACUGAAUUUCCCGGUGCUGCUCAGGUCUGCGAAGGGCGAGGUGGCGGACUUUGCUGGACUGUGGGCUUUCCUGGCAAUUGUUUCUGCUUUUGCUGAGGGCGUGAAUUUCACUGAGUCUCAGUCUGCCGCCCGCUCGCUCGGCUCGGCUCGCCUCAGGGUCACGACCCCGACUCCGUUCUCUGCCUCUGCCCUCUGCCCUCUGCCCUCUCGCUCAGCUCUGUUUUUCUUCGUUUGAUUUCUCGCGCACCGUCCCAUUUGCUUCCCGUUCGAGCGUAUCUCGUCGUUUGGACUGAUUUGCUUCGUAGUUCAGCAAGCAAACGGUGAGGGGAGCUGGAGCUGGAGUAGGUGCGGGUUUGUUUGCAGGUUUUGGUCAAAGUGAGGAGCGGGAUAGUUUCUGACUUCUCCUGAAUUCGAGAAAGUCGCAGCGGGUGGGCUAGAAAUGGUGAAGACCACUCCAUUGAAGGCAGUGACCUUGACGCACGUGAGAUAUGAGCGUGGAGAUAAGCUUGGGCAUUUGCUGGCAUGGGCUUCGUUGCUGCCGGUGAUUAUCGGAUUGGGAGGAUUUUUGUCACAUUUCAUUUUUAGGCGAGAGAUGCAGGCCAUGGCUUUUGGUCUGGGUUUGAUCCUGUCAGAAUUCAUCAACGAGAUGAUCAAGAAGGUUGUGAAGGAAGCCCGCCCUAUCACCUGCGAAUUGUUGGAAAUGUGUGACUCCCACGGAUGGCCGUCCAGUCACUCCCAGUACAUGUGUUUCUUCUCAAUAUAUCUCACUCUUCUGGUGCUCAGAAGAUUCCAUUUUACCGAUUCCUUCAGCAGAAAUUUCACUGCUAUUUUACCCUGGCCAUUCGCUCUGGCCACCAUUUACUCCAGGGUUUACUUGGGAUACCACUCUGUGGCACAGGUGAUUGCGGGCUCGGCCGUCGGUUUGACUUUGGGAUCUGCCUGGUUUGUAAUUGUCAACAAAUACCUGGUCAAAUUCUUUCCAACCUUAGAGGGAACAUACUUCUGCCGCUACUUGUGCAUCAAGGACAGCACUCACAUUCCUAAUGUACUCCGGUUUGAGUACGACAAUUGUAGAGAAGCGCGCAAGACGGCGAAAGUCAGGUCCGAAUGAGUUGCAACGCUGAGGAGUUUGAGAUGCCGAGACCACUUGUUCACGGUUCAAGCAAUCCGACCCUGUCCCUGCACUCAGCUGACGAGAAAUGAUCUCCUCAUUUAGCCGAGACUGCUGCUGUGCUUCAGAUUUAGUUCUAUUCUUUGGUGGCUCUGCAGGUAUGCUUCGACGAUUGUACACGUAUUAUAGACCAGAGGUUGGCCAGUUGAGCACUGUGAUGUGUUGGUAUGGAAUGGGUUCAGAAUUGCUCUCGAAGUGCGAUUCCAUGCUCGUAGAGGGAGAAUUCAGCCCUGCGUUGAGCAACUUCAAAAUUUGUAAAUGGAAGGGAUCAGUUGUACAUUUGUACGUCUC